AUGGCGUGGCGCAACCAAGGAAUUACAGGUUCCAACAACAUCCCUCUGGGCCGUCGGCGGUUCGGUGAUGAUGCAGAGGAGGACAGUCGCACCGCGACGCCCGCCUCUGUUGGCGCAGAUAAUGGCGUCAAGCGUGGCAGAAGCCCCGUUCGAGCGGAUCCCCCUGCUGAUGGGAUUAAGAAGCGCAAGAAGCGCAACCGCUGGGGCGAUGCGCAGGAGAACAAGGCUGCUGGUCUCAUGGGCUUGCCCACGAUGAUCAUGGCGAACUUCACCAACGAACAGCUUGAGGCUUAUACUCUGCAUCUUCGGAUAGAAGAGAUCAGUCAGAAGCUUCGUAUCAACGAUGUCGUCCCUGCGGAUGGUGACAGAUCUCCGUCGCCUCCCCCGCAGUACGAUAACUUCGGCAGACGUGUAAACACUAGGGAAUACCGUUACCGGAAGCGCCUGGAGGACGAGCGUCACAAGCUCGUCGAAAAGGCCAUGAAGACCAUUCCUAACUACCACCCGCCUUCAGACUAUAGGCGUCCUACCAAGACCCAGGAGAAGGUCUAUGUUCCAGUGAAUGACUAUCCAGAGAUUAACUUCAUUGGCUUACUCAUAGGACCCCGUGGAAAUACCCUGAAGAAGAUGGAGUCCGAAUCGGGUGCCAAGAUUGCUAUUCGAGGCAAAGGCUCCGUCAAGGAAGGAAAAGGUCGAUCUGACGCGGCUCACGCUAGUAACCAGGAAGAAGAUCUCCACUGCUUGAUCAUGGCCGAUACAGAAGAAAAGGUCAAUAAGGCGAAGAAGCUGGUGCACAAUGUCAUUGAAACCGCUGCCUCGAUUCCCGAAGGCCAGAAUGAACUCAAGAGAAAUCAGCUGCGAGAGCUGGCCGCUCUUAACGGUACUCUGCGUGACGAUGAGAACCAGGCUUGCCAGAACUGUGGUCAAAUUGGACAUCGCAAGUACGACUGUCCUGAACAGCGUAACUUCACCGCCAACAUCAUCUGUCGUGUCUGCGGGAAUGCUGGCCACAUGGCUCGUGAUUGUCCCGAUCGCCAGAGAGGCUCCGAUUGGCGCAAUGGCGGUGGUUAUGGCGGCGGUGCCGGCGCCGGCGGUCGCAGAGCUAUCGGACAAGGUGAUGCUGUCGAUCGUGAGAUGGAGCAACUUAUGCAAGAAUUGUCUGGCGGUGCCCCCGGUGGUGAUGGCCAGCCACCCCGCCGCAUCGAAGCCGGCCCCGAUCACGGAUACGAUGAUCGCGACGCGAAGCCGUGGCAGCGCGGACCACCACCUAGUGAUGUUGCUCCCUGGCAACAAAGAGGACGGGACAAUCGCUCUCGUGAUGAUUACGGAUCACGGGACUCCGGCAGUGCACCCCCAUGGGCGGCACAGGGUCGCGGAGGCGGCGAUUACGGAUAUGGCUCACAUGCUGGCGGUUACGGUGCCCCUGGUGCUUCUGGCGGUGCCGCUCCCUGGCAGCAGCAGCAGGCUCCGCCUCCACCUCCGGGCGGACAGGCAGCUUACGGUUACGGAGCGUACGCUGGCUAUGGCGCCUCCGUACCUGGUAUGGGUGCUCCCGGCGCUCCUCCAGGUCUGAGUAUCCCGCCUCCUCCACCAGGCAUGCCUUCGGCAUACUACGGUGCUGGUAGCCCUCCACCACCUCCCCCUGGCGAAGGACCGCCACCUCCUCCUCCGAGUGAACAGCCACCCCCGCCUCCUCCGUCUGCGUAG